AUGACUUCUUGGAAAUUUCAAUUCACUUCUUUCUGGCAGGUUUUACUCCUAGAAGCAGGACCUGAUGAAAACGAAAUCAGCGACGUACCUUCAUUGGCAGCAUAUUUGCAGCUGUCCAAAUUGGACUGGACAUAUAAAACUGAAUAUACCGGAAAGGCUUGUUUGGGUAUGAAAAACGGGCGGUGCAACUGGCCAAGAGGUAAAGUCUUAGGAGGAUCUAGCGUUCUGAACUACAUGUUAUAUGUGCGGGGCAACAAACACGACUACGACUUGUGGGAACAAUUAGGUAAUCCAGGUUGGAAUUACGACAAUGUUCUGAAGUAUUUCAAGAAAUCCGAAGAUAACAGAAAUCCGUACUUGGCAAAAACUCCCUACCAUAGCAAAGGUGGACUAUUAACUAUACAAGAGAGUCCUUGGAGGACACCUCUUGUGGUCGCAUUUUUGGAAGCUGGUUUGGAAAUGGGAUACCCUAUUAGAGACAUUAAUGGAGCUGAACAAGCAGGGUUUAUGAUUGCACAGGGUACAAUAAGACGAGGGUCAAGAUGUUCAACAGCCAAAGCAUUUCUUAGACCAAUCAGACUCAGAAAAAAUUUACACGUUGCGCUCAAUGCUCACGUAACAAGAAUCCUGAUCAACCCGUCGACUAUGAGGGCUUUUGGGGUGGAAUUCGUCAGAAAUG